AUGGCCAGCGGCGGUGGGCGGCGGCGGCGGCGGCAGGCGAAGCCGCGGGCGAGAACGAAGGCCAGGGGCAAGGGGAAGAGGACCAAGUACCUCAGCCUCAGCGACCUGAUGGUUAAGGCGGAGGUGGCAGCGACACCGACGCCGCCGACGCCACCGGCGGACGAGCCGGCGUCCCCGUGGGAGGAGGAGGCGGAAGUGAAGCCGGAGGAGGACGCCGGCGGCGACGGAGGGGCCGGGCGGCAGCAGCAGCAGCAGGUGGAGCCGUUCGCGCUGCACCACCACCACGAGGCGUCCACCCUGUUCGAGGCCCUGCCGGCGCCGUCGCUCUCCGACAUCCUCGGCCCGUCGCCGUCCGCGUCGCCGGACGGGGCCGGCUCCGGCGCCUCGGGCCUCCCGGGCGCCCAGGAGGAGGACCUCGCGCGCCGCGCGCUGCGGGGCAGGGAACGCUGGGUGUACUGCUCCUCGCCGGCGGCUACGGCCACCGCCACCACGUCGUCGUCGUCGCCGUGCUCGUCCGCCGCCAGCACGGGCGCGUCGGCGCGCUCGCUGCUGCUCAAGCUCGACUACGAGGAGAUCCUCGCGGCGUGGGCGGACCGGGGGUCGCUCUACAUCGGCGCCGCCGGCGCGGGCGGCGGCGGCGGUGACUCGCCGGACCUGCAGCUCGACGCCGUGCAGGUGCUGGUGGAGGUGGAGCCGGCCGAGCACGCCGUGGCGGCGCUUUCAGGGAGGGCGGAGAGGGUGAGGCGGUACAAGGAGAAGCGACGGAGGCGGCUCUUCGCCAAGCGGAUCCGGUACGAGGUUCGCCGGGUCAAUGCCGUCAAGCGGCCGCGGUUCAAGUUGAGAACUGUGGGUUUUGCACAUUACCAGUUUAUCACAUAA